AUGACUUCUUCACCGACCAGUCAGCAAUCUCUCCAGGAUGAGAUAGCUGACCUUGAGAGGCGUCUUUGCGACGCCAAAGCACAACUGAACCCUCAGCAGAGUGUGUCAGCACCUCCUACGGUAAACAAUGGGGCAGCCCUCCAUGCUCUGCUCCUGUUGUCUGAUUCGGCCUUGCCGCUAGGCUCAUUCGCCUUCAGCAGCGGUCUUGAAUCAUACCUCGCACAUCACAAGCUAUCUCCGCCGUCUGCAUCACAGCUGCCGUUGUUCAACACAUUCCUCCGUCUGUCCUUGUCUACGCUCGCGAGUACUGCCCUCCCGUACGUGCUAGCCGGGUACCGCAAUCCAGAAGAGAUCGAGACGCUUGACAACGACUUUGAUGCGAGCACGCCCUGUACUGUCGCACGACGAGCGAGCAUAGCGCAAGGCCGCGCGCUUCUCGCUGUGUGGGACCGCAGCUUCAGGGCGCAAUACCAAAACUCUUCCGACGUUGCAGAGGUAUCAGGAGACAAGAAGGCAGCCAUCGAAGCUCUGACGGCUUUCUCUGCCGCGCUUCGUGCCUCGCCGCACGCCAAUGCCCAUCUCGCACCGCUCUGGGGUCUGGUCACCCGCAUUCUCGCCGUCCCGCUACACGAAGCCGCGUACCUCUUCCUCUUCUCGCACGCGCGAACGGUCAUGAGUGCUGCCGUACGCGCGAGUGUCAUGGGCCCAUACCAGGCGCAAGCCCUACUCGCGAGCGCCGACCUACAGGACAGGAUACGAGGACUUGUAGACGAGGGGUGGCAGCGCAAAGUGGAAGAUGCUGGACAAAGCGUGCCAGUGAUGGAUUUGUGGGUUGGGCGGCAUGAGAAGCUGUAUAGCCGCAUUUUCAACUCGUGA